AUGCUUGUUCCCAAGUCACUCUGCUUUGCGCUGCUCGCCGCUGUUCCUUGCGUGCAAGCCAUCGAUGAUAACUACUGGAUCGCCACUGACUGCUACGUCGCCGAUGUCACAGUUAAUGGGAAAUAUGUGGACCAGAACCGUGGCCUCAAAUAUGACUGGCAGCUCACCGAGCAAACCUGUAAGAAUAACUAUGCGUCUGAAGCUAACUACGACAUGGGAUCGGGCAGGUGCGUUUCCGUGGGCCCUAACGGACUAAACGGACCUCAGUGGUGGAAGAACUGUCAACAACAAGCUCUCAAUGGAUGGUACGAUAUUGAUCGUAGCACUGGAGAUAUUGUGGUUGCCCAUGCUCCCUACAAGAGCAAUCAUGCUGAGGGGCGAGGCUAUAGUGCCUAA